AUGACCGCUCUACCGAAUAAUUUUUCCACCGAAAGCCACCUGUGCAGCGCGUACACAGCAGCUUCAAAUUCCAGAUGCGUUUCUCAUGGCGAAACGGCGUUUCCCGCCGCUGGAUGGUAUAUCGCGGUGGAGUUGAUUGAAUCCGCGGGAACGAGGUCGGGAUCGGGCGAGGCAUCUCAGAAACUUCUGGAAGGUAUGGUGCUUCUCCAGGCACCGCAGCUUCGCAUUCAGAGUUCCUUCGCUUUCCCUCUGAGAAAAUGUUCUAAAAAAGGAAAGAGAAGUUUCAGAUGUUCUGUACAAGAGACCCCAUGUAACAAUGAUGACGUAUCUAGAAAUCUUUUGUCCGGUUUUGCUGCUUCAAUUAUGUUCCUUUCUCUACCAAACCAGGUUGCUGCUUUGGAGUUAUCUGGUCCUCAAAACUUUUUCCAGCUUGCAAAUGCAUUGGAUAGCAGUGCCCUUUUUAAAGAUCAAGGAAGCCAAAUGAUGUUGAUGAUGAGGGGCAUGACUGCCAAGAAUUUUGAUCCAGUUAGAUAUUCUGGAAGGUGGUUUGAAGUAGCUUCACUUAAACGUGGCUUUGCAGGCCAAGGACAGGAAGAUUGCCAUUGUACUCAGGGAGUAUACUCCUUUGAUGCUGAAACACUUUCCAUUCAAGUUGAUACAUUUUGCGUUCAUGGCGGCCCUGAUGGCUAUAUAACUGGUAUUAGAGGAAAAGUCCAAUGUCUUUCAUUGGAGAACAUGGAGAAAGCUGAAACUGAUUUGGAGAUGACAGAAAUGAUUAAAGAGAAAUGCUUCCUUCGCUUUCCAACUUUACCUUUCAUACCGAAAGAACCAUACGAUGUGAUUGCAACAGAUUAUGAUAAUUUUGCUCUUGUUUCUGGGGCUAAAGACAGAAGUUUUGUUCAGAUUUAUUCAAGGAGACCUGACCCUGGAGCGGACUUCAUCAACAAGUACAAAUUAUAUUUGGCAGAUUUAGGCUAUGAUCCAAAUAAGAUCAAAGAUACUCCUCAGGACUGCCAAGUUAUGUCCUCUGCUCAGCUUGCUUUGAUGAUGUCACGUACAGGAAUGAAGGAGGCUCUGACAAACCAAUUUCCAGAUCUGGGGCUGACAGGACUAGCAAUUAACCCAUUCACAAGCAUUUUUGAUACUCUUAGAAAGCUUCUUCAACUGUAUUUCAAGUAAAACUUUAUCAAGUAAUCUGAUAGUAUAGUAGGGUUUGAAUGCAAGAAAUAUGGAACAAGCCUAUGAAUUUGUUCAGAUUUCUGUAUUUUUUUUUUUUACUAUGAAUUCCCAAUUUAUGGGUAACUGCAAAAAUUCAGAAGAGUGAUGCCUUUUGAUUAUAA